AUGAUAUAAUUAUUUAUCAUUCUAACACUUGCUUUUUCUAAGCCACUAAAUCCCAAAAAAGUCAUAUAUGCUAUUAAUUGUGGUGCACCAUCUAAUUAUAAAAGUCCUUCAGGAAUCCAAUAUGAAAAAGUAUUUUGCUUUAAUAUUAUUACCAAGGAUAUACAAACAGAUCCUGAAACAGUGGUGGCAGAUUACAGUUUGAAUUCGGAGGUGUCGAGUCAGCAAAUCAAAUAUACAAGAGAGCCUGAGAUCUAUUUAACAGAAAGACAUGCAUACAAAUCAUUCUCAUAUCAGAUUCCAUUGUAAAAAGAAGGCACAUACACUUUGAUUCUUAAAUUUGCCGAAGUAUUCAAUAAAUAUAAUGAAAGAUGUACUUUGAUACUAAAGGAAAGAGAGUUUUUCAUGUUAAAUUUGGACAAUAGAGAGUCAUUGAAAAACUUGAUGUUGUGGCUAAGGUUGGAAAGUUUGCUUCAAAUGAUGAAUAUGUAGAGUUUGAAUAUGUAGCUGGUCAAGUAUUCCAUAAUGUAAAUUUACCUUUAUAUACGAUAGAAUGUUUUGUGUGUGGAUGCAGUUUAGGAUGGCAAAUUAUAAGUGAAUCUUGAAAAAACAAAGUUUGAUAACCCAUACAUUCAUGGUAUAGUUUUGUAUGCAGGUGGAAUCAGUGAAACGGAUUAUGAUGAAUAUCAAUACAUGAAGGACAAUUGGGAGAAGGUUAUUAAUGAAGAGAAGAUUAAGGAAGAACUUGAGAGAUAGAAGAAAUCUGAAGCCAAGGUUAAAAGAAAGGAGAGAGUCAAAAUUAGAAAUGAUCACUUAAAUGAAUUAGAAAAUGAAUUUGAAGUUGAUGAUUAGACAUAGAAUUCUUCUGCUCCUGUUGUUAAAAAAGGGGGAUUAAGAAACUUAAUUACAAGUCCAUUUGGUACAGCAGGGUUGUUCUUUUCAUUUUUUAUUGGAAUGUCGAUUCUUAAGAAGGUGACUUCUACCAUUUCAAAUGUAAUUCCCAAAUUAUAUCAAUUUAGGCUAAAAUUAAAGGAUUUGAAAAGGAGACUACUGAAACAAAACCUAAACAAGAGAAAUAACCAAAAGAAAAGAGUGAUGAAAAAAAGAAUAAACCUAAGGAUACAAAAGAGAAAUCUAAAGCAAAAUAAUAAUGAUGAGUUAUAAUUUGUUCAAAUAUAUUAUGUUAUUGCACAC